AUGGACUUAGGUCAAAAGCAAGGAUUGGGAGCCCCCUGUCUAAAAUGCAAAGAGAACUGUCCAGGAUUUGAGCUACAUUACUGGAAAAAAAUAUGUUGUAACUGCAAAUGUGGGCAAGAAGAGCAUGAUAUAUUCCAGAGCAAUGAAGAGGAGAGAAAAGUGGGGAGACUCUUUGAAGACACCAAGUAUACCAACCUGUUCACCAAGCUGAAAUCAAAUAAAACUCCCACAUACAAACAGAAAGUUAUGAAAACAGCCAAUCCAACUGAUGACAAGAAGAACCCCUCCAUCAAUACUGUUACCUAUGAGUGGGCUCCUCCUGUCAAGAACCCGGAACUGGUCAGGAAGUAUAUGCAGAUGCUACCUAAGGAGAAGCAGCCAGUGUCAGGUUCAGAGGGGGCACAGUACCUGAAGAAGCAGCUGGCGAAGCAGCUCCCUGCAUAUGACCAGGACCCUUCUAAGUGCCAUGAAUUAUCUCCCAAAGAGGUAAAGGAAAUGAAGCAGUUUGUGAAGAAAUAUAAGAGUGAGGCUCUGGGAGUGGGUGACGUGAAACUUCUCUCUGAGUUGAAUGCUCAAGGUGACAAGGUGGACAACCCUGCUGGAGACAAAAACACCCCAGGAGCAGUGGGCUCCAACAAGAUCCAAUAUUCCUGUUACUGCUGCAAACACACCAUGAAGGAAGGAGACCCAGCCAUCUUUGCUGAAAGGGCUGGCUAUGAUAAACUCUGGCACCCAGCUUGUUUUAUCUGCAGCACCUGUGGGGAACUCCUGGUCCACAUGAUUUACUUCUGGAAGAACGGGAAUCUAUACUGUGGCAGACAUUACUGCGACAGUGAGAAGUCUCGAUGUGCUGGCUGUGAUGAGCUGAUAUUCAGCAAUGAAUACACACAAGCAGAAGACCAAAAUUGGCAUCUGAAACACUUCUGCUGCUUUGAGUGCAACAGCGUCUUGGCAGGAAAAAUAUAUGUUAUGGUCAGUGACAAGCCUGUGUGCAAGCCCUGCUACAUGAAGAAACAUACUGUAGUGUGUCAUGGAUGCCACAAUGCCAUCGACCCAGAAGAGCAGAGAGUAACCUACAAUAACUUCAGCUGGCAUGAGUCCACGGAGUGCUUCUUAUGCUCCUGCUGCAGCAAGAGUCUUAUCAGGCAGAAGUUCAUACCUGUAGAAGGGAUGGUUUUCUGCUCCAUGGAGUGUAAGGAUCUGAUGUCCUAA